CUCGGCUGCCCUACUACAGGGCCUCUCAAAUUUGUGGGCUGGCACAUGGUCCGCCAUUCUCUUGGCUUUUCUGUCCAGUUCGGGGUAACGAUUGGUCCGCUGGCUGUAACUGAUGGGAGCGGUGGCAAAUUUGUGCCUGUAUGCAUGAGGACCCCUGCUCGCCUCCAACUGCUCUUCUAUGCUAUUCAAGAUGCUGCAUGCUGCUCUCGUUACUGUUGUGUUUUGUUCCACUUCCUCCCCAGCUCCCCUUCUUGCACCUUUCGCUUUGCUCGCACUCUCCCCUAGCACUUCUAUUCGUACUGCCUGUUCUGCCCUUUUACAUCAACGACAGCUUUGCAUUAUUCUUCUUCAUCUACUAUCUGCUUCUAGCUCUUCGUUAAUUAUCAGAGACCAAAUCCGAGAGGUCUGUCCUUCCCCUCUCCAAAGGUGUCUUCCAUCCAGUUACUCGUCAUCUCCUGCUCAACUGCAUCGAAGCGAACGAAGACGGCAUCAGUGAUCAACAUUAACAACACUCUCUCUAGCGCCAUCGCCUAUCAUCUGCACAAUCUGGGCCCUCAAUCGCCGCCGCUCGCAUCAUUGCGUUUCCUUCGCUGUGAAUAUAUGUGCACCGAUCGACGCCAGUCCGCUCGCAUUGAAGGCCGGCUUGCACGUCCGAAAUGGAUCAGGCCCCCGUCAGAAACAACAUGAAUGACCAUGACGAGCCCUCCGCCAUUACGAGGAACGAUGACCUCAUAAGCAUCGCCUUGCGUAGCGACGAUUCCUUUGACCUCGAUGAGAUUGUACGUCUCACGCGAGCUGUUUCACCCCUUCAUGGUGGGCCGUCCACUCACAGUACCCUCCCUUCAACCGUCCUCAGCACAUUCAAAGACUCGAACGGCACAAAGCCGACGUCUAUGGGUACCAGCUACCCCGUCGAGGGCAAAGGCAAGGCAGUAGCAACCUACGAAUCAUCCAUCUCAGCUACACAUGGUUCAGGCUCGGAAGCAGACGCCGAGAAAGAACAUGACUUUAUCGGUAUUGGUGACUGGACUGGAGAGACACCACUCAAGGGCGCCACAAGGGCCCGCAAGCUGCACACGACCCGGCGCUCGAAGCACAAGAAGCCUGUCGUUAUCAUACAGGAUCACGUCCCUGACCACUCUACCUCAAAAAACGAAGAUCACUUCAUUGCCGAAAACAUCACUUCCCGCUACGGCAACAGAGAGACUAAGUACCUUCGUCGACGCCCAACUAAGACAGACCAUGGAGACCGCCUCAAUUUGGCAGAGGAAGGGCGUAUCCCCCGAGGAAGUAUUGAUGAUACCAACUCUGCUGUUGCUUCAUCCCUUUCUCCCAGACGACGCUAUAUCCUUUUUGCAUUACUCGUCACUGCCGUCUUCACUUUGAUCGGUUCCACGUACGGUGCACACCAUACCGGGAAAGCGCAGAUAGCUCACACCAAAAGCAUCAUCUUCUCCGCCACUGUCGUCUUGUCUCUCUUGACGGUUAUCUCCAUGGUUGUCGCCAAGCGACCUUUGCAGGAAGCUUUGCUGGCGGGUGUCUUUGAAUCUCUCAUCGGCUUCGUGCUGGUUGUGGAGAUCCACGAGUUCAUGUGAGGCCCCGCACAGCAUUCACGCCUUUGAAGAUCUACCUUCCCUAUCUACGUUUCUUGUCAUACAUCCUUUCUCUUUCCUCCAUGUCCUUUUCGGUUGAUCUUUUCGCGUUUCUCACAUUCUGGCACGUGACUUUAUACCCUCUGUUUCGCAUGUUGCAUACAAGGGUAUGGGUUCCUGUUGAUCGUUUUUCUGUGCAUGCAUGCAUGGUAGAUCAGAUCCUCCGUCUCCCCACUUUGCCUUUUGUCUUCCUAUGAUCAUCAUUGCAUUUUCUUUUUUUUUUUUCCUAUUUUGAGGACUUUUAGCGGCAUCGUUCCGGCUUGGCCUUUGAUCUUUUCUUCGUCUUCCUUUUUCGUUUUGCAUUGCGCCAUGAUGAUGCUUUCUCUAUGCUAAUAGAUGGGUUUCUUACAAUCAAUCAUCUCGCAAUAUUUUAUACACGCUCGACGCCUAUAGCUGUGGAAUGGCUAACCGUACUUGCACGCUUGGUGACCCUGGUGUUGAUCUAUGCAAAACGGAUUGUGGAUCAUGGGAGUCUUGAUGUGAGCUUUGUAAAGGCUCGCACACAUGCAAGCGCUCAGGAGGUAAGUGCAGUGGAAGAUGGAGUGUAGGCCAUAGCAUGCGAGUAAAAUAAAAGGGCAAUAUGAUCUAUUCAUACCAUAAAAUUUACAGAGUGCGCCGCGACAUCCUGCAAAAAGAACAGAUGUUGGAUGCGAGAUGUAAAUCAAAAAAC